UCAAGAUGUGGUACCCAACGACAGUAGCCCUUAGCAUGGUGGUAGCCUUCGCGGCUGCAGCCAUAGAAAGUAAUCCAGCGAGGCCGGUUCUGUUCGGAAGUCAGAAGACAGCGCCUCCUCGGGGACCACCUUCCGAUAGUAUCGUCGACAACGAAAACUACACGGAAUGGCGUGUGUUCGAUCAACUUCAAAGUCACUCGAACGCCCACAGCGUGGACAUGUUCCCAAUGCGAUACGUUAGCAAUUCGAAGUUCUACCGACCAGGUGGCCCCAUUUUCCUGUUUGUUGGAGGACCUUGGGAGUUGGAGCAGCAUUUUGUCGAACAGGGGCAUUUUGUAGACUUGGCUGAGGAGAACAACGCCUUUGUUGUAGCCAAUGAGAUGCGUUAUUACGGAGAGAGCUUACCUGUGCCGAAUGCAUCUCGCGGAAACUUGCGUUUACUCCACAUUGUGCAAGCAUGUACGGAUAUUGCCAGGCUCAUCGUGCACAUAAGAUACGAAGUGUUGAGAGAUCCUAACGCAAGAGUGAUCGUGGCUGGUGUGGGUUUCUCCGGCUCACUUGCACACUGGACACGACUGCGUUAUCCUCACCUGAUUCAUGGAGUUUGGGCGUCCGGUGCGAUGUUGCAAGCAAACGAAAAUUACAGAGAGUUUGCCGAAGAGGUUGGGGAGUAUAUUCGUCGAUACGGUGGCAAUGAUUGCUACGGUGCACUCUGGAGAGGUUUCCGUACGGCCGAGAAUUUGAUCGAUGCAGGACAGUCGCAAACUGUUGAUACAUUGUUCAAGGUAUGCACUCCGAUCAACGGUACUAAUCCACUGGACGUUGAAGCAUUUUUCUACGGUAUUUUCAACGAAGUCGUUACAAAUACUUUGCGUCCCAAUCUCAGACAGAACAUAAGAAACAUGUGUGAUACGUUGACUCAUGAAGAUCACGAUAGUAGCCUAACAGGGUUGGCCAGCUGGAUAACUGGUCAGUUCCCAGAAGCAGAGUGCCUUGCAAUGGACUUGGAAAGUAUCGUACAGCUGUUCCAGGAAACCGAUUGGCAGCACGAUGUGCACAAAUCUGGCGAACGACAAUGGUUUUACCAACGUUGUACCGAACUGGGAUGGCCUCUGACGGCAGACUCGAUGAAUCAACCGUUCGGUGUCCGAAUCUCCGCUAAUCUUUUCCAACAGCUUUGUCAGCGAGUUUUCGAUGGCUGGCUCACUUCGGACGUUUUCCGGUCACUUGUUCGACAGACAAAUACAUUGUAUGGAGGAAACCGACCGGAAAUGAGGUUCGUGUUUUACACUCAUGGUUCGCUCGAUCCGUGGAGGUUCACCGGUGUGACUACGGUGCUCUACAACAACAACUACGUCAAUGUCAUUCGAGGUGCUAUCCAUGGAGAAGAUUUGGCCUCCAUUUCGGAUCUGGACUGGGCUGACUUGAGGCGCAGCAAGGAGGAGGUGGGUGAAACCAUUCGUCGCUGGUUGGAGAGGAGAGUUUGAAGAGGCUUACAAUUGCAAUUGGAGGAUUUUCAUAGCCACGU